AUGGAUCUAAACAGUCUAGUAAGAAGUAAAAAAUUACAAUUAAAAAAAUGCAAGACUAUUGUAACCAACACGCUUGGUCAAAAAUAUGUAGAGAUUGAUGGAAUAAACACAGAAUUGUCCUCUACUGCUACACCAUUUGUCAUAGAUGAUAGACCAGACUUACAGAUUGCACAUGUAAUACAAGGACUAUUCUUAAGUUCCCAAGAUCCUGUUGUAAGCAAAGAAAUCUUGCAAAAACGUAAUAUUCGUCAUGUUUUAAGCAUUGGUAUUGAUGCAUCAGUAAAAUUUGAUGACAUCAAAUAUUAUUAUUGUGACUUGUUAGAUUUACCUGAGUCUGAUUUACUCGUAGCAAUUAAGAAAUGCAUUAAAAUCAUACACGAACAUCGCGAUGAAAAUAUUCUUGUACAUUGUAAUGCUGGUGUAUCUCGCUCACCAGCAAUUGUUAUAUCUUAUAUAAUGGCUUAUGAAAAAGUAUCUUACGAUGAUGCAUUUAAUAAAGUAAAAAGUGUAAGAAAUUGUAUUAAACCUAAUGAAGGAUUUGUACAACAAUUAAAAAAAGCACAACUCUCAAAUAUAUUAUAGUAGGUAAUUACAAAUGUAUUGUAUUAAAAUUUAUAAAAUUUAAAUUUAUCACUGUAGAGAAUAAAAGGAAAAAAAACACUAUUUUAACAAUAGAUUAAUUAUGUAUAUAUAUUGUUACAGUAGAAUUCAUGUAUCAUGACAUAAUGUGUACAGAGAAUAUUAUUUCAUAAUUACAAUUACUUUGUAUUUAUAAUUCAUUAGAAAAGGUACAUUCAUGCACAGCAUCUAUCAAAUUUUUAGCCAAAACUAAGCAUAUUAAAAUUGCUAAUUCUGGCAUUUUUGUAUAAACUAUGCAUUGGAGAUGACAUAUAAGUCGUCGUACCAAGUAGUUUUAUAAAAAUUACUGUAAAUCUAAAAAAUAUAGAUGAAUUUCUGUAUACACGAUA